AUGGCGGCUCUGGUAGCACGGCUCUGCCGGGCCCCUGGCACUGCCGCCGGGCCCCUCCGCCUCCGCCUCCUCCGCGCCGGCUGCGCCCGCCCCGCCGCCGCGCUCACUGUCCCGCCCACGGCCCCCGGCUCGCCGCUGGGCCUGGGCUGGGAGGCGAGGAGCGGGAGGCGGCCGCUGAGCUUCUCCGCGGCGGGGCUGGUGAGCUCGGCCCCCGGCCCGCUGCAGCCCUACCUGCGGCUCAUGAGGCUGGACAAGCCCAUCGGAACGUGGCUGUUGUAUUUGCCGUGCACAUGGAGUAUAGGCUUGGCAGCAGAGCCAGGCUGUUUUCCAGACUGGUAUAUGCUGUCACUGUUUGGUACUGGAGCGGUCCUGAUGCGUGGAGCAGGCUGUACAAUUAAUGACAUGUGGGAUCGGGACUAUGACAAAAAGGUUUUAAGAACAGCAAGUCGACCAAUAGCUGUUGGAGAUAUCUCAACUUUUCAGUCCUUCGUUUUUCUUGGCGGACAGCUUAGCUUGGCUUUGUGUGUCCUUCUGUGUCUAAAUUACUAUAGUAUUGCCCUAGGAGCCGCCUCUCUGUCUCUUGUGAUCACUUAUCCACUGAUGAAGAGAAUCACGUAUUGGCCGCAGUUGGUUUUGGGACUUACAUUUAAUUGGGGAGCCUUACUUGGGUGGUCUGCCAUCAAAGGUUCAUGUGAUUGGUCAGUGUGUUUGCCUCUGUACUUCUCUGGAGUUAUGUGGACAUUGAUAUAUGACACCAUCUAUGCACAUCAGGAUAAAAGAGAUGACAUGGUCAUUGGUGUGAAGUCAACAGCACUACGGUUCAAUGAAAACACAAAGCAAUGGCUCAGUGGCUUCAGUGUUGCAAUGCUCGUGGGUCUGAGUGUGGCAGGAAUAAACUGUGAACAGACUUUCCUCUAUUACACAGCUGUGGCUGCCAUCGGUGCUCACUUAGCUCACCAGAUUUACACUUUGGACAUACACAAACCUGAAGACUGUUGGAAGAAGUUUACCUCUAACCGCACAAUCGGACUUCUACUUUUCAUAGGGAUUGUAACUGGAAAUUUAUGGAAAAGAAAAGAUCCCAAAGAAAUGAAUGCAAUCAACACUGAUAUUUAGUCAUUAUUUAAAAAAAAAAAAA